AUGGAUGACAGUCAGGAAAUGUCUAUCAACUGCCGGGUAUCGGACGCCGACAAUGACCAUCACAGGAAGGCACGAAAGAAAAAUAGUACACAGACCAGCAGGAAUGGGCGACCCUAUUCGGAGAACGAUGUCCCCUCGAGGGACACCGAGUUACCUGAUAUCAAGAAAAUGCAGUGGACUGAAAAUGCCCAAGGAGUCGGGACGAUCCCCGGUCACAUGUCGAUCCGAGUCCCGCCAGCUAGUAUCGGAAUUGGAGGGAAAAAGGAGAAGCUUAUCGGAAUAACAAACCAUGAGGUUUCCGAACGGUAUAUAUUGAAACUACAACGAGAUCGAGAACGGAACAACCAGGCUGUGUUCAAGAGCCUGGAAAACCUGCCGAUCACAAUCAGGCAUGUCCCGAAAUACCGGAUACAAUCUGAGCCAACUAUAAACACUGCUCGUGCAGCCGUUGGUGCGGGAACAGAAGCACGUCCCUCAUCUAUGAGGUCAUUAUCUCCCGAGGAGACAUCCUACCAACGGUUUCUUAACACCGCAGAUGUCAGUCUCGAUGUCAAAUCAUCCGACGCGAACCCAGUCGGUAAAGUUAGCCAAGAACUCCUUCGAUCCGAAUUUAAGAAAUCGAAGGUAGCGGGACCCAUGUGUCCUCAUCUGAUGCCGUUGUCAGCAUGUCGGAAAUGUGCCAGAUUGAAGAAAAGGAGGAAACGGCCAGAUGUCAGGAAGGAAACAACGUCCACGGUUACUACCGGUAUUCUGGGGAAUGACCUGAACAUACAGGCAGAAGGGAGUGGAAAUCAGAAUCAGGAUACAUCAUGCAGCUGUACACAUAGGGGGACCGAAAAAGUGAUUUAUACAGCUGGUUUCCAAGGACACCAGAUGCGAUCGACAAAAUCUGUGAAAGUUCCAAGUAAAAAGAAAAGUUUGAAUAUCGGUCUGCCUACAUCAGGGAACUUGCCUUUCCAGAAGAAAUACACUCGUGUUUUCGAUUCGAAUCAGCAGAUUCAUUUCGUGAAUACAUCGCUGUUGUCUGGUCAGAGAGCGGGAGCGCUUGGAAAAACGUUUAAAAAACUUCCAGGAAUACGAGCAGCUGGGGAGUCUCAACGCCUCCGAGAAAACACGGAAGUGUUUGCCAUAAAGUCUGUCCAGCGCCAUAACGAUCCUUUCCCCGAAUCUUCCUCUGAAUCAAAGCCAACAAUUGAUACAGAUAUGUCUCCAACACCAAUACCGAUUCAACCCAUGCCUAGUUUUGCAUCAGAUAUAUCCAAUAUGCAAAUGAUCAAUUUGGAUGGAAGAGUACACGGUGAACCACAAAAUGAGGACAAAUAUAGCCAACAAUUUAUUAAUACACAUGAUUUUAACGUCCCUAAAAGUGAUAUGGAACUUCAAAAAGUGCGUGAAACUCCAAAGGACAGACAUGUUCCAUUGAGUAGAAGUAGUUCAGAGGUAUUAACCUGUAAAUCUCAGCGCAUGAUGCCAGGAAGAACCAACAGUAAAUCUACCUUGUACAGUAGUAAAUCGGGUAGUUUUAAGACCGGUAAUAAAACAAGUCGCACACGAAAUACGGAAGCUAUGGGUGGAAAAAAACAGGAUGAUAGCAGCAACAGGAAGGUAGCUCAAGAAAUGCAAUUUUCAGUGAGGAUAGAAUACAAACAAGCAGACAAUGAACCGACACCAAGAGAGAGCACUUACUCAGAGAUUGUCAACAUGCCAAGAUGGGUUGAAAAAGAGAAGUCGAAUGCAGAGAGUAUUGCUCAGAAAAGUACUGUCAGUUCGGUAGUAGGCCACAAGUUUCAUGAGCGAGUUAGUGACGAUUUAGUUGUCGGCGACGAGAUAAAUAACGUCCAACAUCCAAAUUUGCAACCAAGCGAUCCUGAUGGAAAAAGUAAAGACGAUGUAGAAUUUGAUAAAAGUGAUGUUUCUUCACAUGAAAUCAUCGAUCAUGAUGAUACUAAAUAUCACAUUUCUGAAGUUAGCGAUCUACAUGGUAUUAGACAUGACCAAUCCGAGCCAAGAAAUGAUAAUACGGACACGAAUAUUCCCGCAAAAGAGAUCAGACAAAAGUCUUCUCCCGAAAGUGGUUUUGUUAGUAUGCCAAGCGGGUCAGAAGAAACAAAUGUUGAACCAGAUAAUAUAACAGUUGAAUCUGAGGAAUCGGCAUUCGAAUCAGAGAAAAAAGUGAAUCUAGGAAAAAAAGUAACCUUAUCAAGGUCAGCUUUACCUUCUGAUAAUGAGCAAAAUGAGACGGAAUCAGCUUCCUCUGUCGAAUUCCAAACCCAGGAUGAUACCAUAAGCGGAAAUGACGUCAAGGACAAAAAGUUGGAUGUUUCAAGCAAGAAAGAUGAUGAUUGUUCUGACAAACAAACUGUUAAUGAAUCUCCAGAUUCUGAAUUAGGCGGUGGUUUUUUCGUAACUACUAUUGAUACUACGGCAGAAGAGGACACCGAAAACAAAGAAAUAAUGUCAGGAAGUGAUUCUGGAAUUGCUCAAGAGGACUUUACUUCCCUACAGGAAUACGCUAAUGGGGACUUAAAAGUACCUCCAUCGCCUCAAAAGGUCAUGCGGCCACCUGGAAUUGGUAUCGGACUUUCACAUGAUAUUCAGGCAUAA